GAAUCAAUCCACAACUUCACACCUGAAUGAAUGCCAAGCCUCUGCGGAUAUAUAAGGGAAAACUUGAAGAGCAAACUGCAGAGUUCCUGGACAGGGGCGCGGGGAGAGCACUCCGCCAGCUCUGCUAGGCAGGGGCUGAGCCAGCCAUGCUCUCCUCUCCCGUCCGGGGCGUCCUCCUCGCCUGCAUCUUCGCCCAAACCUGCCCGGCUUUCAAGAACGAUGCCACCGAGAUCCUUUAUUCGCACGUGGGGAAACCUGUCCCGGCGAGCCCCGGCACCAACAGCACCUUGAAUCAAGCCAGGAAUGGAGGCAGGCAUUACAGUCACCCUGCAUUAGAUCGCAGCAAUCGUGUUCAAGUUGGCUGUCGGGAACUGAGAUCCACCAAGUACAUUUCAGAUGGCCAGUGUACCAGCAUAAACCCCUUGAAAGAGCUGGUAUGUGCUGGUGAAUGCCUCCCUUUGCCGUUGCUCCCCAACUGGAUUGGGGGAGGUUAUGGAACCAAGUACUGGAGCAGGAGGAGCUCGCAAGAAUGGAGGUGUGUCAAUGACAAAACUCGCACCCAGAGGAUCCAGCUCCAGUGCCAGGAUGGAAGCAUAAGAACCUACAAAAUAACUGUUGUCACAGCCUGCAAGUGCAAAAGGUACACCAGGCAGCACAAUGAGUCUAGCCACAACUUCGAGGGAGCCUCUCAGGCUAAGCCCAUCCAGCAUCACAAAGAGAGAAAAAGAGUCAGUAAAAACAGCAAGCAUAGUACAAGUUAGAAGUCAGACAUGUGCCCCCAUAAAUGAACUUGCCUGGAACUAUUCUCUUCAUUGAUAUGACUGCUUAAAAGACAAGUCUGCCAUUGCUAUGUUAUCACUUAACCACACACGCUUUUUUUUUUUUUUUUUUGCUUGACCAAACUCAGAAGGGCAUUCUGUGCAUAAGGAUUUUUCUUGGCCAUUUUUUUUGUAUGCUCAAGAUGGAGAGUACCACAAGCCUUCCAAUCCCACUCUUUGAACUGGAGGCAUGGAGGCAAAGAAUUGUUGCCAUGAACAUUCGCUUAAGUUUGGCUUUUAGAAAGGUGCUUUGUGAGUUUUCAUAAGGAGAGUUAAUUGUUGUCCAUUGCCUUCAAAUUCAUAUUUUAUAACAUUUUGACACAUUCUCUUAAUGACAGCUAGCAAUUGUUUUCAGAUUAAUUCUAAGAAAACAAGGCCUUGCAUGCUCUUGUAUAUCAGUAUACCAAAAAUUUUAAUUAUGCAUGGCAGCAUUUGAAAAGGAAAGCUGAAUAAACUAUUUAUUUGUCAAUGUAAUUAUUUAAUAAGCUUUUAUGUGUGGGGUUUUUUUUUUAAUGUUCAUCUUAUGUUUAUAGCUCUUCCAUGUAUCAAAGUAUUUUCCUAUGAUUUGUGGCUGGAUUAGGAUAUACCACACAUUUUGUAGAUAAUGUAAAAUAGAUGUUUUAGUAUUCUUGGUACACUUGGACAUCAACAGUUUUGGAUGUUAUUUUGCAAGUAACUUGAAAAAAUGCCUUGUACAUGCUAUACUCUGUAUUAUUUUUGUUUAAAGUGUGCAAUCAAAUGAAAGUUAUGACUUCCUUUCAAAUGUGUGGGGUUUUUUGUAUAAAAAUAAACAGUGCUAAAAAGAUG